CACCCAGCUGUUAUUAUCGGAUGCAAGAUGUCUACCGCGGGGCUGGCACGCCAGCUUUUCAGUCAACAAAUAUCGAAUCUCGCUGGUUUGUCGCGCUCGGUGCUGUCUCAAGUGCCGCGAAGGAACAGAUGGAAGCUCGUGCAGCUACCGGAAAUAGGCAACGGCAAAUCGUUUCGGAGGGUUGUUCAUUACGAGGAUAAAUACACGGUGAAGCCGUUGAAGGUUACAAACCUAGCGGGCAGAGAUCCCGUCACCGGCAGGGUGGUGGUAAAGGGCCUCGGGGGUGGGAUAAAGCACAAGUUCCACUGGAUCAGUUGGAUCAGGGAUGGGCCGAAGGAUAUCGACGAGCCGCCCAAGGAGGAGAGGAUCCUCGACGUCUUCAAGGACGGCUGCAGGACCAGCUACGUCGCGCUGGUCGGCAGCGGCCGCGAGCUCAAGUACAUCCUCGCUACGGAGAACAUGAAGCCCGGAGACGUAAUACGCACUCACCAGGGGAUACCGCGUAACCUCGUGAGGCCCUCGGAGGGAGACGCGUACCCGCUCGGCGCCCUGCCUGUGGGCACCAGGGUGAACUGCGUGGAGAAAUACCCGGGGCUGGGUGGCUUCCUGAUCCACGCAGCCGGUACCUUCGGCACGGUGGUCGUGCGAGAGAAGGAUCGCGUGGUGGUGCAAGUGCCCAGCAAGAAGAAGUUCAGCCUGCACGAGACGUGUAUGGCGACGGUCGGUCGAUUGUCGAACGUCGAGCACGACUCCACGCCACUCGGCAGCCCGCAGAAGAAUCGCGAGCUGGGAAACCGACCGAGAAGCGGCCUCUGGCAACGUAAGACCGGCAGAUUCGGCCGCAAGAUCAGGCCGCCUCCUCGUGUGAAGAGAAUAGGCGACGCAAAGCCGCCAGAACCCACGGUCGUUACCUUCAAUAGCCUGCUAAACGACUAGGCUGUCUUGUUCUUCCUAAGGAGUAGAAAUAUAAUAAAAUAUAUUCGGGUCUAUGAUAAGGGUGUAUGAUGAUAAAGGUGUACAGUAAAAGUCCAUUCGGAACAUUC